ACAUAUAAGAAACAGCCAUCCGUCUGUUGACAGUCAGUAUUCAAAAACCUUCAAUCGCGUCAACGUGUUUCAAAAUGCUACUUUACUUAGUGCUAACGGCGUUAGCCUUAACCGUGUGGUGGAUACGAAAGCGAUAUUCCUACUGGAGUGAGCGCGGUGUUCCGUUCAUAAAGCCAACUUUUCCCACCGGUAAUCUUGGUGGAAUGGCCAGCCGGGAGCACAUUUCCGCCAUCAUGGAACGGUGCUACAAACAGCUGAAAGGAAGUGGUCCUUUCGGAGGAAUCUUUUUCUUCAUCAAUCCGGUGGCGCUCGCUUUGGAUUUGGAUUUCAUUAAGACAGUGUUGGUUAAAGAUUUUCAGUACUUUCACGAUCGGUCCGUGUACUACAACGAGAAGGAUGAUCCACUGUCGGCGCAUCUUUUUGCGAUGGAGGGGCCAAAGUGGAGGAAUCUUCGAGCCAAGUUGACACCAACAUUCACGUCCGGCAAGAUGAAGAUGAUGUUUCCAACGAUUAUUAGUGUGGCAGAUCAGUUUCAGGAAUUGAUGGUGAAAGAGAUAAAGACUGGGGAUGAGAUUGAAAUGAAGGAAAUUUUGGCACGAUUUACCACCGAUGUGAUCGGUAGCUGUGCGUUUGGGUUGGAAUGUAAUAGCUUGCAUAGCCCCGAAGCGGAGUUUCGACGGAUGGGAAGAAAAAUUUUCCAAUUUGGUAAAUUCAAGUUGCUUAAGAUAGUGCUGGCUCAACAGUUCCGAGCUAUUGCUCGUGCUCUUCACGUGACAACAGUGGAUUCAGACGUUUCGGAAUUUUUCAUGGGUGCAGUGAAGCAAACCGUGGAAUAUCGUGAGCAGAACAAAAUCGAACGGAAUGAUUUUAUGAAUUUGUUGAUUGAGUUGAAAAAUGCCAACACCUCGGAGAAGGAAGAUGGGCUGUCUGCCCUAAGCAUCGAGGAAGCUGCCGCGCAAGCCUUCGUAUUCUUCCUAGCCGGAUUCGAAACAUCGUCUACGGCUAUGUCCUACUGUUUGUAUGAAUUGGCUCAGAGGCCCGACCUGCAGGAUAAAGCUUACGAGGAUGUGCAGGCUGCGCUGAAAAAACAUGGCUCAAUGAGCUACGAAGCAAUUCACGAUAUGAACUACAUCGGUCAAUGCAUUAAUGAAUCUCUUCGCAAAUACCCACCCGCCAGUAAUCUUCUUCGGUUGGUCACACAGGAUUACAAGGUUCCGAAUAGCAACUUUAUUCUCGAGCGAGGCUCGACGAUGAUCAUUCCGGUUUAUGGACUUCAUCACGAUCCGGAGUUUUAUCCCGACCCGGAACGGUAUGACCCCGAACGCUUUUUUCCGGAACAGGUAGCGCGCCGAAAUCCGUUCUGUUUUCUUCCGUUUGGUGAAGGACCUCGCAUCUGUAUCGGUAUGCGCUUCGGUUUGAUGCAGGCCCGUGUGGGUUUGGCGUACUUGCUGAAAGACUUCCGAUUCACACUGUCCAACAGGACACCGGUUCCGCUGAAGAUUAAUCCCAGCAGUGCCGUGCUGACGUCCGAGGGAGGAUUGUGGUUGCAUGUGGAGAAGCGAUGAAAAUUGUAACCGUUGUUUGUUAUGAGACUGAAAUAUUGAAAUAUGAUAGAUUUAUAAGGGUUGAAAGUAUAUUUGUUUCAUUAGAAUAUAUAAUUUAUACAAUUCACUAGAAGCUCUUUUAGUAUUCAGAAAACUAGGAAAUUUGUUUACGGAAGUAAAUGAGUUAGCACACAGAGCGAGGUAUAUGUCUAUGACAAAUACUGUUACCUCCGCUAAGAUUACGCAAUCUGUUCGAAAACCUGUUUCAGGGGUUCAUCAGAGUUGAUCCCAAUACAAUCCACUUCGCUCGAAGUGACUUUUAUAAGCAUGAAACAAA